AUGGAGCGAAUUCAUAGUCUUUUCCCUAUGUUAUCAAGUAUAAGCAAGGUAAAGAUAAUGUUAUUACAGAUGUAUUAUCUUAAAGGAAAAUGCUUAUGUGUGCCUAUGUGUUCUUUGCAUGAAUUGCUUGUGAGGGAAGCUCAUGGGGAUGGGUUAAUGGGGCAUUUUGCUAAAUCCAAGGUUAAACUCCAUGGGUUGUAUACACCAUUACUUAUUCCUAUUACACCUUGGAUUGAUAUUUUCAUGGGUUUUGUACUUGGUUUACCUAGCUCUAGGAUUGGAGAUUCUGCAUUUACAUGCAUGCCUCGUACUAUUGUGAAGGACAGAGAUGCUAAGUUCUUGAGUUACUUUUGGAAGACUUUAUGGUGUUCUAAUUUGAAGACAAAUUUGUUUGAAGAGAGGGAGAAUAAUGCAAUCCCAAAGCCCAAGGAGACAAGUAGCCAACCAAGUCAAGAAGAUCAAGUUUCAAGCCCAAGUGAUCCAUUAUUCAUCAAGGGAGGCUCAGUUACAAGAGCUAGAGCCAACAGAAUAAAGGAGGCCUUAAAUGGUCUUAUUCAAGAUACAUGGAUAAAAGCACCUAACCCACAUGAAGAAUUAGGGUUAAUUAAGCCUAAUGAGGCUGCAGCCAGUAGUACUUUUAAUGUGCUUGAUUAUAAUGCUGUUGGAGAUGGCAAGACUGAUGAUUCAGAGGUCUUCUUAAAAGCGUGGAGAGAUGUUUGUGAAGCGACAAAAGGCAUGCCAACCCUAAUACUGCCUUCAGGUAGAACAUUCCUGUUGAAGCCUAUCAUAUUCCAAGGUCCUUGCAAGUCAACCUAUCUUCAUUUUCAGAUUCAAGGAAGCAUUUUAGCACCCAAUGACGUUACUGCAUGGGAAAAUGACAAGACUAAUUGGCUUCAAUUUUCAGACGUUAAUGGUCUCAUGAUUGACGGAGGAGGCCAAAUUGAUGGGCAAGGAAGUGUUUGGUGGAAGCAAUCUCUAGCUCUGAGUUUUCACAACUGCAAUGCUCUGCAACUAAGUAAAUUGAGGCAUGUGAACAGCCAACGAAAUCACAUUAGCAUAAAUGGGUGCAAUGGUGUUGACAUCUCUGAGCUUUCUAUGAUAGCACCUGAAGAAAGCCCCAACACUGAUGGCAUUGACAUCUCUGCAUCUAGUCAUAUCAACGUCAGAAACUCUCUGAUUAGUACCGGUGAUGACUGUAUUGCUAUCAAUGGAUUCACCUCGAAUAUCAACAUUUCUGGUGUCUUGUGUGGACCAGGCCAUGGAAUAAGUGUUGGAAGCCUGGGAAAAAAUGGAGCUUAUGAAACAGUAGAAGACAUCCAUGUCGAGAAUUGCACCUUCAAUGGAACUCAGAAUGGAGUCAGAAUCAAGACAUGGCCGGGCGGAUCAGGAUAUGCUAGGAGAAUCUCAUUUGAGCAGAUCAAUCUAAUAGCUUCCCAGAAUCCCAUAAUCAUUGAUCAGAAUUAUUGGGAUCAUUUCCAGUAUGGCAGAGAGUCAUCAGAUGUGCAUAUAAGUGAUGUUACAUAUCGCGAAAUUCGGGGAACUUCUGCAGAUUUGAGAGCUAUCAGUUUGAACUGUGGAAAAAGCACAGGUUGCAGCAACAUUGUUAUGGAUAAUAUUGAUAUCAUCCCGUCCACUCCUGGAAUGCAAUUAUAUGCCUUCUGCAAUAAUGCCUAUGGAUCAUCCACUUCUGCUUCUCCAAAUGUCCCUUGCCUGUCAAAAAGGUUUGACAGCUUGUUCCAUCGAUGA